AGAAGGAAGGAAAGAAGAAAACCACGGAGGAGAGGAAAGAGAGGGGGAGAGAGAAAGAGAGAGUUGAAAAUGGUCUUGUUAUUUUAAAAGCUAUAAACAGACAUGCUCUGCAACUGCUGUGUUCUAGCCUCCUCUAUCCUUCUCUCUCUCUCUCUCUCUGAUCCUUUGGCUUCUUUUAUGCUUUGUUUUUUGGCGAUACCUGUAGCUAGCAGCUAGCUAGCCACUCCCUUGCUUGAUUUAAUCUUUUAAUGCUUUAUCAUUUUGCUAUAGCUACCUUUAGCGUGAUCUGUUAAAAGAUUACACAAGCCCAAAGAGAUAAAGAGGGAGAGGGAUGGAGAUUGGGCAAAAGGGUUUUUCAAGACUGGGUUUUGGUUUCUUUCUCUUCUUUUCUUGUAAAGAAUGAUUGGUUAUACAGGCUUCAACUGAAGUGAUAGCGAGCGUUUGGGAAACAAAAAGAUUUUUUCUUUUUGGAGCAAAGUACAAAACAAAAACAUUUAUCUCAUAUGUUUUGGGUGAUUAAUUUUUCAGCUUCUUGAUGAUGAAAGAUUGUCCACAAACGAAGGGAAGUUCUCUGGAGGGAUAAGUUUUCUUUGAAAGCUUCAAACUGAAUACAACCUCCCUUAUCUGAAUUCAAGAAGAGGCUCAGCAUAUAUUCAAAGCACAGAAGAGAAAAAUAGUUGGCAAGAAAUCUCAAUUCUCUCGGGCGUUAUUGGCAAGGUAAACCAAAAGAGAAAGAAAAGGAGAGAAACUUUCGUCUUUCGUGCAAAAUUAAUAUAAGAGAUUAACUUGCCGUCAAAACAAGAAAACAACUAUACAGCUCCAUCAAGAAUUAAAAUGCAAAGAAUCUAAUUCAUAAGCAACUUCGAGGCUUAUUAGAUUCUUUUGCAAUUCACAAGCAUACAACGGUUUUGGUUUUUUGCUAACGUGAAAAUGGCUACCAAUCAUUCUUUAGAAAUGCAAGAACCGAGCAUCGACACCGAUAAGCUCAGCUACGAAAUCUUCUCAAUUCUUGAAAGCAAGUUUCUGUUUGGUUACGACGAUCAGAAGCUUUGGAUCCCCAAGCAAAUCUCUCCGGCACCCACAGAGUCAAAACCUGAGUCUUUUAUAUCCCCACCAGUUGCCGAUGCCAACGGCGUUUCUGCAAUCAAGAACCAGCGUGGAAAAAUAUGCAUACUCUCCAUCGACGGCGGCGGCAUGAGAGGGAUUCUUUCUGGGAAAGCAUUGGCCUAUCUGGAGCACGCGCUCAAAACCAAAUCAGGCAAUCCUGACGCCAGAAUCGCUGAUUAUUUCGACGUCGCGGCCGGGACAGGAAUAGGCGGCAUCUUUACGGCCAUGCUUUUUGGCAGUAAAGAUCAUAACCGUCCGAUUAUGAAAGCAGAUGACACUUGGAGGUUUUUAGCUGAUCAUGGCAGGAAAAUUUACCGUUCUGGUAAUGGCAGUGGAGGAGGUGGUGGAAAUGGUCGUGGUAGCGGCGGAGGCGGCGGGGGUGUUCUAAAGCGGUUAUUUAAAGGCGGUUCCAGUACGACCGCCGCCACAUCCUGUCUAGAGAAAGCCAUGAAAGAAAUGUUUACGGAAAAAGGCCGAAGCUUAACUCUUAAAGAUACGUUAAAGCCGGUUCUAAUCCCAUGCUAUGAUCUUUCAAGCACGGCGCCGUUUCUGUUCUCAAGAGCCGAUGCAUUAGAAACCGAUAGUUUUGAUUUCAGGCUCUGGGAAGUCUGCCGGGCGACAUCAGCCGAACCGGUUUUAUUCGAGCCGAUUCAAAUGCUGUCCGUUGAUGGUCAGACCAAGUGUCUAGCGGUUGACGGCGGUUUGGCUAUGAGCAAUCCAGCAUCUGCAGCAAUUACGCACGUGCUGCAUAACAAGCAAGAGUUUCCGUUCGUGAGAGGAGUGGAAGAUUUAUUAGUACUAUCACUAGGUACUGGUCAGCUCCUUGAGGUUAGCUACGAUUAUGAGGAGGUUAAGAACUGGAGGGCCAAGCACUGGGCUCGACCCAUGUCUCGAAUUUCGGGCGAUGGUUCGGCCGAUUCAAUGGACCAAGCUAUAGCCAUGGCAUUUGGGCAGUGUAGGAGCAGUAACUACGUAAGAAUUCAGGCAAAUGGGUCCAGCUUAGGAAGGUGUGGACCCAAUGUGGACACAGACUCUGGUCCUAACAAUGUGAAGAUGUUGAUUGCCAUAGCAGAGGAAAUGUUGAAGCAGAAAAAUGUUGAAUCAGUUCUGUUUGGGGGUAAGAGGAUUGGAGAGCAAAGCAAUUUUGAGAAAUUGGAUUGGUUUGCUGGUGAACUUGUGCUUGAGCACCAAAGGAGGAGCUGCAGAAUUGCUCCCACUGUUGCUUUCAAGCAAGCUGCUUCUAAACCUACAUAGACUACUCUCAACUAUAUUUAGAACCAACCCAAACAAAAAGAAAAAGGGUAAGCCUUUUUCAUUACCUCUCCUUUCACUAAAUAUUUUAUAGAUAAUUAAAUCCAUUUAUACUCCUUGUCUAAAGAUAACAUCUUGGUGGAACCAUUAUGGAAAAUAAUCAUGUAGGAAAGCUUGAAACUAUAUGUAGAAAAGAACUAGUUUAUGUUCAACAUAAUAUAAUAGGAGCUAGAGACCCAAUUUGAUAAUUACUUGGAAUCUAAAUUUGCCUUUUCUUGGAAUGAAAUGUCUCUAUCCAUUGAUACCAACUGUGCCUAAACGAGAAUGAACACAUUUGGCUCAUGCAUUUUAUUUUUCUUUGAAUUUCCUCCAUAGAUAGCUUGUUGUAUAUUGCUCCUUCAUCAGAACUCCUAACUUACUUUUUCUUCUAGGUUCUUUUCUUAUUUAUAAAAUGUUGAAAUGUUGUUGUCUAAAGCAAAUGGACAUUAGGCCACGUAAACACAAGCAGGCAAUAGAAUUUGUCAUGUUGUUUGUCCUCGUGAGCUCAGCCUCGUGGGCCAAACUCUGUAACAACCGGUAGUUGUUGCUGUUGCUGUAGCUGUUCUUAUUUUUCUUGUUUUGCAUAAAAGUAUAGGAAAUGCAAGAACUAUAAACAGUUUAUGUGGGGAAGAUUGGCCCUGUUGUUGUCCUUCUACCGACACUGAUUCUUGCUAUAGAUGAGGGACAUCUUGGUCAUUUUAUGGAUCAAAACUUUGUUUUCUUUUGGCAUUUUGGUCAUUUAGAUAGAAGGGGGUGCCUCAAAGGCAUAUCUGUAGGACAUAAAAAGGUUCUUGUGACCUUUUUUGGUUUGACUGUUAGGCAAAGCUAAGUUCUUUUCCUCUCAAGGAGUCUCAUAUCCUAUAAACCAAAGACUAUCUCUUGCUUUUGUGGUCACAAAAUCACACUUAUUACACUUAACCCUUAGAUCAAGGGCAUUUAGGGCCUAUGGUCACAUCAAAUGUUAUCUUUCGUUUUCUUCAACUUAAAUGCUUGGCAGGGAGCCCUACCUUAGACCAAACAAUAAGAAGAAUCUAAUAUAAUUUGUCAAAAUUGUCUCUUAUUAAAAGUCCUCGUCUGGUGUCCUUAGAAUGAUUUAAUCGGAAAGGAAAAAUGCAAGUGCCCAAGCUAAAAGCGUCGCCCUUUAAAUUUUUACACAAAAGAGGAGGAAGCCAGGCCUGAAUUCAGGUCUUGGUGUCAAAUUGAAUAUGCACCGACCCUGGAGCAUUCCUCACCUAAACUCUUUUUUUUUUAAUUAAAAAAAGAGAUUGCUGGUGUAUUUGCUUGACUUGACUUGAUUUAAGUUAUUUUAGUACAAGUAGCUUGUGUCUGUCAAAUGUAUUGAGUAUGGUACUCUGUACUUUUUGAACAUUAUAAUCUUUGCGUAAAUUGGAGGAAAUUCUGCAGACAAUAAAUUCUAUUUGGUAUGAACAAAGCAACUUCCUAAUAAGGAUAGAGCUAUGUGCAAUUACCCUUAUGAGUGGUUGGGAUACCUAGUGCAUUAAAAAUUUAAAUUUUUGUUUGAUUGUAAUGUGCUCUAAUCAUGUUCUUCAUUUUUUAAUUUUUACUGAAAUUCUGUAUCUGAAUUCCAGGGAUAAAAUAUAUAUAAUAUUUAUAGAUAUAUUCAAGAGAGAAAAAGAAAGGAAGAAAAAAAAAUGGAAAGUAAUAUAGCAGCUUUUACUUUUGAAAGUGAAGAAUAGCCAGAGAAGAGGAGGAGAGGAGAAUUGAGUGAAAAGGACAAGCAGCACAUAAAGGGUAGAAGAGAUCUUAGUGGGAUAGUUUGCCUGCCAGAGGACAAGCACUGUGAUGACCACCCCCCACCUUUCUACAUUGGCAAGGAACCAAGAAAGACACAAAGAAAAUAGCAAGAUGAUGAGUUCUUAAGCUUUUGAAGGUCAAACCAAGUAUCAGGUGUGAAUCUUUUCAUGUCAAUUUAGAUUUUAGGGUGGGAAAGAAAACUCUGUUAUGUCCAUUAUAUCUCUCUUUCCCAUUUCAUUUCCUUCUGGAUUAUUGUUUUUCUUUUUCUUUGUUUGGUCUUUUUCAAACCUUUUCUCUCAAGGAAACUUGAGUUGGGGGGGGUGGGGUGGUGGGCUACUUUCUCAAGAAAACCCAGAUAAAUAGCCAAAGUACUUUGUCUGAACUUUGGUCUUUUGGAUUUUUUAAUUUAUUUUUCCCCCUUUUCUUCAAAUAUGGGUUGUAGUAGUGGUGGAGAAGAGAUUUGAGAGUGGCUAGUAUCUUUUCAAGCAAACCAACACAUCUCCUGUUAAUGGGAUAGAUCAUAAUAGAUGGAUGGCCAAAACCCUUGAUAACAGGAUUUGGGGGACCUCUAUUUGAAUGUCUUCUGAACAAAUGUGUUCAUGAUGUUAUUAAUGAUUGUUUGGAUCAAGGAAAUUUCACCCUUUUGUAUAUUUUCUUUUCUCAGUAGUAAAAGAAUGGUGAUGGAUGACUGGUUAUUUCCGUUUA